CCAGCUCUGGCAACUCCGGGCAUCAGCUGAUUUCUCGAUCGCCCUCUUCGUUUUCUGUUGUUAUUUAAUUGAUAAACUUGUUGCGGGGGGCCAUUCUUCAGAUAACCCCCCACUUUCAAAUUAAUAAGCAUUGCGCAAUGGUUCAGCUAACCCAAAUCUUCAGGAUGGCGUGCCAAAACCAGAAUGCCAACAACUUCUUGCACGAUGGCAAGAAGAUUGUGGGGGUGGCUCUCAAUUACAUGGACGUUGUGAAGGCCAGGAACGUUCCCGUACCCCAGGAGCCGCUCGUCUUCCUCAAACCCACAUCUUCGUACCUCCAGGAGGGUCAACCCAUUGUGUUGCCCAAAGUCUUUACCAAGGUUGCAUAUGAAGUGGAACUAGGCGUGGUGAUUGGUAAGCCCUGCAAGAACGUUUCCAAGACAGAUGCCAUGAGCUAUGUGGCAGGAUACUGCCUGGCUUUGGAUCUUACAGCCCAAUGCAAUUUGGGAGCAGCUCGGGCGACCGGACAUCCCUGGACCUUGGGCAAGGGAUUUGACACUUCUACGCCCGUGUCCCAGUUCAUCCCACUCGAAAAAGUGAAUGAUCCACACAACUUGCAGCUUUGGCUCACCGUCAAUGGAGCCGUCAAGCAAAAGGGAUGCACUGCAGAUCUAAUAUUCAAGGUGCCCGACAUAAUUUCCUACGUGUCCAAGUACAUGACCCUGGAACCAAACGACCUGAUCCUGACCGGAACGCCCAAUGGUUCGGAUGCGUUCAAGGCAGGCGAUGUGAUUGAGUGCGGAAUGGCCGAUCUCGCUAAAUUGACCUUCCAGGUAGAGGCUGAAUAAAUAAAAAAGUAGCAACAUUUGGACUAAA